UCUCCUCCCACAGGUCGCUCACAUAUCCGCGCCCCCAUCUACCAGCGGCUAGUUUCACAUCAACAAUGACUGUCUUCGCUGAUUUCAGUGGGAAACACGCCAGUAUUUCAACCAGUGUUUUGAAGAUGUGUCGCGGUUGACCCGUAGUUUAUGCCACAGAGCGGCCUCCUGCACGCACACCGGAGCCUGCCACCGGGGAGCGCGCGUCCACUCGUCCAGCCUGUUUUUGUAGAUAAAAGCCCAAGGAGAGAAAUCAUAAAAACCAGUUGCAUAGCUGGGAGAGGUGAGCUGUGGGAGUGUCUGCAAUGGCUGGUGGAAGGAGAGGGGCAAACCGUACCACGUACUGCAGACCUCCACUAAGCAACGAACCAGGCUCGGUCAGCAACGGCAAUCACUCCACCAGCUCCCCGGUCACAGGGGUGCGAUCUCGUACAAGGAAUGGUUCAGGGACAUGCAUGUCCAAUCCCCCUCUGGCUGCGCAGACGGUUGUUCCUCUGAAGCACUGUAAGAUCCCAGAGUUAUCGGUGGAUCGUAACGUGCUGUUCGAGCUCCAUCUUUUCUUCUGCCACCUCAUCGCCCUUUUUGUCCAUUACGUCAACAUCUACAAGACUGUGUGGUGGUACCCCCCAUCACACCCUCCCUCUCACACAUCACUGAACUUUCACCUUAUCGAUUAUAACAUGCUGGUGUUCACAAUCAUCAUACUGGCACGGAGGUUAAUUGCAGCAAUCGUUAAAGAGGCAUCACAGAGUGGGAAACUGUCCUUCCCUCAUUCGAUCUUUCUAGUGAUGGCUCGGUUUGCUGUGCUCACGCUGACGGGCUGGAGCCUGUGCCGCUCCCUUAUUUACCUCUUCAGGACCUACUCUGUCCUCAGCCUGCUCUUCCUCUGCUACCCAUUCGGGAUGUAUAUUCCAUUCUUCCGGCUGAGCUGUGACUUCCGGCGAGCAGGUCCGCUCUCCCCCGUCGCCAGCAUCGGCUCCAAGGAGGUGGGCAGCGUGGGCCGGGGCAGGGACUACCUGACUGUGCUGAAGGAGACGUGGAAGCAGCACACCAGCCAGCUGUACGGCGUCCAGGCCAUGCCCACCCAUGCCUGCUGCCUCUCCCCGGAUCUCAUUCGCAAGGAGGUGGAGUACCUGAAGAUGGACUUCAACUGGAGGAUGAAGGAGGUGCUGGUCAGCUCGAUGCUCAGCGCUUACUAUGUGGCCUUUGUUCCUGUCUGGUUUGUCAAGAGUACACAGUAUGUGGACAAGCGCUGGUCUUGUGAGCUCUUCAUCCUGGUGUCAGUCAGUACGUCAGUCAUCCUCAUGAGGCACCUGUUGCCACCUCGAUACUGCGACCUACUUCACAAAGCCGCAGCUCACCUCGGCUGCUGGCAGAAAGUAGACCCCUCGCUCUGCUCCAAUGUUCUUCAGCACAUAUGGACAGAGGAGUACAUGUGGCCACAGGGAGUUCUGGUUAAACAUAAUAAGAACGUCUACAAGGCCAUGGGUCACUACAAUGUUGCAGUUCCAUCAGAUGUGUCCCAUUAUCGCUUUUAUUUCUUCUUCAACAAGCCUUUACGAAUAUUGAACAUACUCAUCAUCCUUGAAGGUGCCAUGAUAUUCUACCAGCUCUACUCGUUGAUAUGUUCAGAAAAGUGGCAUCAGACGAUAUCACUGGCUCUGAUCCUCUUCAGCAACUACUACGCCUUCUUCAAGCUGCUCAGAGACAGAAUAGUCCUAGGAAAGGCAUACUCGUACUCAAACAGCUCAUCAGACCAGAAAGUCAGUUAGAUUUUUAGUUAUUAUUGUUCGCAUUCACUUUUGGAACCACACAAACAUGCCUAAGAGCUCUGUAUUUUUUCUACAAACUGCAUUUUGUGUCGCGUUUUUGUUCUGAUCUGCCAUAAUAAAAAGACAUAUUUUUGUAUUACUUUAAAA